AGUCCCCUGAAAACAGGCAUGGUGUCCCAUGCAGUUCUAGUCUUUGCUUUCGCUGCUAACAUUUGUUGUUGUGUCAACGUGUUACAGUUUGGGGUUUGACAUAAGUGCAAAAUAUUAACAAUAGCAACGAUCUCUUGUAAUAAACUCCCGUUAUGUGUGACGAUAACAACACAAGUCAGACUUUCACUGCAAACUCAGACACUCGUCUUGAUCAUCUACUCCAACCCCAACGUGAUAUUUGCUGGGAAACAACAGAUGUUUGGAGAUUUCCCGAUAAAAAUAAGGUAUUCUUUUCUGCCAGAGAUGUCUCUGGGGCUGGGUGAGAAGCAACAUGUUUCGUCAGAAACGUGUGAGACGGAUCCGGAUGGGGUUUCGGAGCUCAUGGAUCUGCUGCGCAUGGAUCUGGAUCCUGAUGGAGAGCAAAGAAAAGCUGAGGGAGGCGAAGCACCGUGUUCUCAGAAGAACGUACUGCGGAAGCAGCGACAUUGGGAGAGGCAGCUGGCUGCGAAGAAGAGCAAACGCAAAGAAGAGAAACAGAAGAGGAGGUUGAACCGCGCGCAGGCAUCAGGUGGUGACAAGGAAGCAGCGCAGUUCACCAAGCGAGUCAUGAAGGCGAUCACCAACGAGCGUCUAGCAGAGGCUCGCUCCACCGGUCAGAAACUUUGCGUGGACCUCAGCAUGACAGACUGCAUGUCUGACAAGGAGAUAAGCCGGCUGGCGGGCCAGUUGAGGCGGCUGUACGGGUCCAACAAGAAGGCGACUCGGCCGUUUCAUCUGUUCCUGACGGAGCUGAGAGAGGACAGCCGACUCUACCGGGAGUGUGUUCGAAUGAACGACGGCUUCCUCGGCUACGCGAUGGAAAUAACAGAGGAAAGCUGUUUGGACCUGUUCCCUUCAGAAUCUGUCGUUUAUCUCACCCCAGAUGCCCAAGAAGCUUUGCAGACUGUGGACGCUGACAAAGUGUACGUCCUCGGUGGUCUGGUGGACGAAAGCAUCCAGAAGAAGCUGAGCCUUUCCAGAGCCGCGGAGCUGAGCGUCCGCACCGCCAGGCUCCCUGUGGACGAGUACAUGGCGAAGAAAAACAACGCAAAGAACUUCCACUCCAAGAUCCUCGCCGUUAAUCAAGUGUUCGACAUCUUGUUAAUGUUCUCGGAGACCGGCAGCUGGACGCAGGCGCUGCAGACGUGGUUUCCUGCAGGAAAGGGUUACGUCAUCUCACCGGAAAACUCAACAUGUUUUCCUGUUCAGGAGCAAUGAACGAAUUAAUGCGUUAUUAGGGUUUUUUUAUGGACAAUAAGCUGCAAAGACUCCUAAUAUUGCCUGGUACACUAUGGUGUAUUUAUGUUUUAUGCUACGUGGCAAAAAACGAUUAAAUCUGAAGCUUUGGAGACAAAACAUGCAGAAAAUCUGAUUACAAACAUAAAGUUGUUUGUUGUCGUACUAAAGUGUUCAGUCAAUAUUACAAGUAGGAAAAAAGAUCAAUUGAAGCACUUUAUUUUGUUCACAUGCUUUUAAAAAUGAUUCAUUUAUCCACCCAUCUUCUAUUCCGCUUUAUCCGCUUUAGCCGUGGGAUUAUUUAUUACUACUGCCAAAAUUUACAAUGACCUCUUUGUGCCCUGCGAAAUGUUUCUGUUGGCAUUGCCUCUCCCUGCACUUUGAUUGUUUUUCUUGGAAAAAUGUCAAAUGAAUUCUCAGUGUUAUUCUGAGAGAGAGAGAGAAAAAAAAGAGUCUGAUGGAAAUGAGUCAAAUGCCCAAACAUGCUACCACAAAAAAAACAAAACAAAAAAAACAACAUUUCAUGCUUUGUUUUCUGCCUGUGAAAAGAUAAACCGUGGAAAAUGAGCGUGUGGGACAAGUGGGGGAAAGAAAAUGUCAGAAACAAUCCAUGACGCCUUACCUGCAAGACAAGCUCAGGUCAGCUGAGAAACACGAAUGCAUCUCUGAGCAGCAGAGAAACUUCCUCAAAUUCAGUUUUGUUUGUCUAAAUGUCGGCUUAGAGCUUAAAGCGUCUCAAGUUUUUCUCUCCCAAGUGAUGGUGAAGAAAAAGCAGGAGACCCUGAAAGCAUCUUUUACAGAUUUUAUAAUAGAAAAGAGACAAUCAGGAAUAACACAGUUUUGUUUCUGGUACAGAAGGUAAGAACAUAAGCAUACUUGCUAAUUUAUUUAUUUAUUUUUGACUUUCUUUGAAUGAAAAAAUAGUUACAUUUUCAGUUUAUUUGAAGCUUUCUGGGCGAUUGGCAGGGGAGUCAGUUACAUCCAGUAUGAGUUUGAUGCGUUAAAUUCACAUCAUUUGUCAAAAAUAAAACUGCUUUGAAGCAGAAACAAGUCUUGCUACUUUCCACUGACAUUGUUUACAUGAGCAACGCCAAAUUCUCAGCACCGCCUUUUUCUCUUUCUCUUUCUUUAUCUGCUGUUCUGUCGCAACGAGCGUAUUCCUAGGAACACGACCGGUUCCAGAAAGUCCCCACCGUCUGUCCACUUGUUACCGGAGCAUAGUGGGAGGGACGCGGGUCAUGAAAUAUGUCAUAAAAUGCAAAGCCGCCAAGCAAUAAAUUAUGUU